CCUCGCUAACUGCUCCCGCGUUGCAUCAUCUGCAGCCUGCGGCCGCUGUGGGACAACUGGGCGCGGCGCGAUCCACUCAGCCCGGCGCUCCAGCCCGCUCUCCCGCGCCUCUCUUGGCCCCCUCUGCACCUGCUUCUGUUCCCAGACCGGGAGCCCCCCGCGGGCCGGCUCCCAGAACCCGCGGGGCACAGCUGGCGAGCCUCGCAAGCUCCGCCUGAUCCAUUCAUUGAGAGCCCUGUCUUCUUCCAGAGCCCAAGUACCCCGCGUCCUCCAGCUCCGAGCGGCGGGCAGCGCCAUGGAGAAGAGCAGCGAAACCAACGGCUACCUAGACAGCGCCCAGGCGGGGCCUGCAGCGGGGUCUGCCGCGGCCGGGACCGCUGCGGGACGCGCGCGGCGCUGCGCCGGCUUCCUGCGGCGCCAUGCGCUGGUGCUGCUCACCGUGUCCGGGGUGGUGGCGGGCGCAGGCCUGGGCGCGGCGCUGCGCGGGCUGGAGUUGAGCCGCACGCAGGUCACCUACCUGGCCUUCCCCGGCGAGAUGCUGCUCCGCAUGCUGCGCAUGAUCAUCCUGCCGCUGGUGGUCUGCAGCCUGGUUUCGGGCGCCGCCUCCCUUGACGCCAGCUCCCUCGGGCGCCUGGGCGGCAUCGCCAUCGCCUACUUCGGCCUCACCACGCUAGGCGCCUCGUCGCUCGCCGUUGCUUUGGCGUUCAUCAUCAAGCCUGGGUCUGGCGCGCAGACCCUUCAGUCCAGCGACCUGGGCCUGGAGGAGUCGGGGCCCCCUCCGGUCCCCAAAGAGACAGUGGACUCUUUCCUCGACCUGGCCAGAAACCUGUUUCCCUCAAAUCUUGUGGUUGCAGCUUUCCGUACGUAUGCAACCGAUUAUAGAGAGGUGUCUCACAACACGAGCUCUGGAAACGUAACCUAUGAAAAGAUCCCCAUUGGCACCGAGAUUGAAGGGAUGAACAUUUUAGGAUUGGUCCUUUUUGCCCUGGUGUUAGGAGUGGCCCUAAAGAAACUCGGCUCUGAAGGAGAAGAGCUCAUCCGUUUCUUCAAUGCCCUCAAUGAGGCAACGAUGGUGCUGGUGUCGUGGAUUAUGUGGUACGUGCCUGUGGGCAUCAUGUUCCUGGUUGGAAGCAAGAUAGUGGAAAUGAAGGACAUCAUCGUGCUGGUGACCAGCCUUGGGAAAUACAUCUUCACGUCUAUAUUGGGCCAUUUCAUUCACGGAGGAAUUGUUCUGCCACUUAUUUAUUUUGUUUUUACACGAAAAAACCCAUUCGGGUUCCUCCUGGGCCUCCUCACACCGUUUGCAACAGCAUUUGCCACCUGUUCCAGUUCAGCAACUCUUCCCUCUAUGAUGAAGUGCAUUGAAGAAAACAAUGGUGUAGACAAGAGGAUCAGCAGGUUCAUUCUCCCCAUCGGGGCCACCGUGAACAUGGACGGAGCAGCCAUCUUCCAAUGUGUGGCCGCAGUGUUCAUUGCCCAGCUCAACAACAUAGAGCUGAAAGCAGGACAGAUUUUCACGAUUCUAGUGACGGCCACGGCGUCCAGUGUUGGGGCAGCGGGAGUGCCAGCUGGAGGAGUCCUCACUAUCGCCAUUAUCCUGGAGGCCAUUGGGCUGCCCACUCAUGACCUCUCUCUGAUCCUGGCUGUGGACUGGAUUGUGGACCGCACCACCACCGUGGUGAAUGUGGAAGGGGAUGCCCUGGGUGCCGGCAUUCUCCACCACCUGAAUCAGAAGGCUGUGAAGAAAGGGGAGGAGGAACUGAGCGAGGUGAAAGUGGAAGCCAUCCCCAACUGCAAGUCGGAGGAGGAGACGUCGCCUCUGGUGACCCACCAGAACCCCACUGGCCCUGCAGCCAGCGCCCCAGAACUGGAAUCCAAGGAGUCGGUUCUGUGAUGCGGCUGGGCUUCGGGCUUACCUGCCCACGGUGGUGCCCCGCCCUGUUAGUGCAGCCGCAGGACACUGGCACGCCCUCUCCGACUUUUAGCCUCCCGAGCAAUGCUUUGGCCCCGUCACCGGUUUGAGGAUUACUUCUCCGCACAGGCAUUGGGCUUCCCAGUGGGAACUGGUUACCGAGGACCAAGACGCUCUGACGUUUGGCCCGAUCCAUGUCCAGGUGCAACUGUGUGUGCACCAGGGCUCUGUUUGGAAACAUGCCCUUGGGCUGCCAGGCUCGUGGAGAUAACAAGUCACGGGAACCUGGUGGUUAAAGCUUGGGAAAAUACUGGUGUACUCCUCAUUGUACCCAGUCAGCUCUGCACUGGGCGCUCUCCUGGCAAACCUAGUGGGUUUGCAGUCAUCUGUCACAUUGCCUUGUGAGCCGAAGUAAUUGGAAAAGUUCCUAAAUUCUUAGCCUUGGCUGGAAUUUGCUGAGCUGGGACUGAGGUGUUUAGUUUGUGCUACAGCUAGGUGUGGCUGGCUUCUGGGUCCCUGGUUGCCAGUGGUGGGCUGGAGGCGCGUGCUGCACAUUGUCAAGUUAGAAAUACUCCAGAUGGUGUUAGCACUGCAAGGGUCUCUGGUCAGUGGCAUUAAGUAAACAAUGUAGAUUCUGAGGUAAAAGGAAGGAUGGGGAGCACAGCCUGCAGUGGGAAGGGAGCACCCUAAUCAAGACAGGAUGACAGGACACACACACACACAAUUGUCCCCGCUCUCCUCCCGGCCCUGGCGAUGUUUUCUGCUUCCAUGACCGGGGCCUCUGACAACGCUGUGGCUUUAUCCCCAUCCACUCUGAUUCGGCAACAGGCCAGAGAAAGGUCUCUUCUUCCGGGGAGGUGUGAUGUGGUCAUCACAUUCAGGACCCUUGUUGGUUUAUCAAUCUAUUAUUUUAAUUCAACUAGACCCUCCCUAAAAUGCUGCAUUGCAGCAAAAAAUAAAAAUAAUAAAAAUUAAAAAACAUGAACCUACCCACUAAUUGGGGUGGGGUACCCCCAUCCCCAGAUCCCCAAGCUUUGGCUGAUUUCCAUGGACUUGGUUUCCUUUCCUGCCAGUAAUCAGUGUUUAAAAUUAGAAGCCCAAUGUCCACGUGCCCCCAGAUACCUGUGGACUUGGUUUGAAUCUAGGUGAAGGGGCGUUGUAGAGAAGACCAGCGUUGCCAGUGACAGGGAAGACCUAAAAGGCACAAGACAGCUGUUUCACUGUGGUUGUUGGUGUGUAUCCGUGGUAUGACCUGCAGCAAGUCCUGGGCCUCACUUUACCCCAUGUGUAAAAUGGGGCUGAUGUCACCUGUCUCUUACCUACCUCAGAGGGAUUCGGUGAGGCGAACUGAGUGAAUCUGUGAGAACAACCAUCUCACUUCUUGGAUAUCACCCCCAUGCUCUUCUGAUUUUGUACCUAAGUGAUACCUUUCUCCCAGAGGCCUUGUUCUCCUGGUCAAGACAGCUUUGAUGAGCAGGGCUUUGUCCUCAGUGUGCAUUAGCAAUGUUAUCAUGCCACUCAUUCUCCUUCUAGUUAUGUGAGAGCGUCAGAUGCAGCCUCUUCCUGAUGUCCUUCAAGUGUUGGUGAGUUGACUACCCCGCCUUCCACCACGUGUCCCGGUACCUGACUUCCAUGACUCCCAGACCCAGGCAGUGUGUCUGCCACCCCACAACAGGCCAUUAAAGCUCCCACACUUUCAGCCUCAUUCGUUCCCUUGUUUUCCCUGUUGCUGUGGUUUUGCUGUCACCCAGGCCCUACAGAAGGGGAGUACACUAUUGAGCUGUAUGCCCCAUUGCAAUGAGAAUGGGUGGACAGGACAGAGACAGUCAAGCUCCUCCAUUUUAAAAUUAGGGGCCUGCGCCUGAGCAGAGCGGUGAAGAAGAGCCAAGGGCACAGAGCUGACCCGGCCAGUGGGAAGGCCCAACUCCCUCCAACUCUAAACCAGCUAAGCCACUCCCAUCUCCUGUGAAGCCAGGAGGGACCAGGAACUGAGCCGAGAGGUGCCUGGAAUCAGCCUCCGGUAGAGCUGGUUGCUGAUACCCUUCUGUUUUCAAAGGGGAAACAAUCUCGUUGUUUGAUUCCAAACUGCAAAUGAACACUCACUGCUUUUCAGGUUUCAGUACAUCUUAUCUUUCCUUCUUCCACAUAUAUAUUGCUCUGUAGGCACACACACACAUAUAUAUGUAUACAUAUGUGUGUGUGUGUGUAUAUAUAUUGUUUUAGCUCCAAUCCGAGCAAGUUUGAGUGUGACCAGAGGUGAACUAACUCUAAGUUGUGUGGCUUGGGUAUCCUGAAUUUCCUGUUUCUAAAGGUGAAUUUCACAAAAUGUGGAAAUUAGAGCUGAACAAUGAGACCCAGUGACUGCACAUCCUCUUUCCUGGACCUGGAAAUGCAGUGAGGCGAGUGCAGGGGCCUGGAGAAGGGAUCUUUGGUAUAAAAUCCCGAUGAUGAUGAGCACGCCCCUUCCCCUGGGAGGGACGAGGUGCCGUUUUUCAGCCCACAGGAGGAAUCAGACCCAGCUGGGGAAAAUCCCACUUUCUCAUUGUCUCCCCCGCUAUUCUCUUCUAACAUGUCGUAAAUACUGUCGAGUACUGUUCAUCUCUGUUUUGUAUGUGUGACAUUUGCCUUAAAACAUAGCAGUCUUCAAAAAUGAAUAUAGUAUUUCUACUAGGA